GCGACAAUGUUGUGAACCCUGUUUCUACAGGGUUUUACAUUGAGCUGAAAGAUUUGCAUGAGGACAGUCUAUUCAAAUAGAACAACAUGCUUCUUCGAUAGAGCCUGGCUGCAUCUGCACAUCGUUUAAUUGAGCUUGUAAACGGAAAUCCUAUGAGUUGUCCAAGGGUGAUUAGGCUAAUGAAUUUCAGCGCACGCAGGCUGAUGCGGGCUAUGGAGUAAAUUGAAUGCAUCCCUAAGGUGUCCCUUCUGUGCUUAUUGUGUGUUUUUACCAUACAAUACAUCUGAAAGAAGAAGAAAAAGAUUCUGGCAGAUCAGUUGACCUCAUGUCGGUCUGGAGGGUGGUUUCCAAGCCUGUCCAUCCCCUUCGCAGUUGUUUCCGUGCACUCUGUGACCACAAAUCCUUCCUCCCUUCCAUAAUGAGUUUCGGAAGUUGAAAGCUCCUUAUGCAUUGAGUUUGCCGCAAGAAAAGACACUCAACCAUGAUAAUGUUGCUAACGUGAAUGAUAAGUUCUAAUGGGGAAGUCUCGCUUUCACUGGCCGUGCUUCCCUUUUCUAAAAUUGAGCAGCUUUCGGAGGUGUUCUCUUUCAAAAAGGAGUUUGAUAAUUGCGAGCGCAUGUGUUGUUUACUUGUUUUUUAUGGUUUCACAAGUUGGAUACUCCCAGCAGCACAGGGACAGAAGGACUGAUAAAGAAAAGUACCGACAUACUGGUGGAUUGUAUAAUUUGGAUAUUAAUGGUGCGCUACCGGAUUCUGUGGAUUUGCCCCGUGCGAGCUUUGUGGUCCCGACACGGUCUAACGUAGUGUACAUAACGCUAAAGUCUAAGCGUCGGAAACCAGCAAACAUUCGAGGUACAAUCAGACCCAAACUGAGGAGAAAAGUGAGAAGAAGUGGGUCGGAUAACUCAGCUUUUAGUCUGAACAAACUUGCCACUUUGGGGCGAAACGGGGGCCAAAUUAAGCGCAGCUUUGCGCGCGAGACUUCCAGGGGAGAAAGCAGAGAUGUUGAUUAUAAAUCUUUGGAUAUAAUCCAUAAACCUGUCAUAGAUUUGCAGAGUGGCUCCCACAGUAGUUCUAUCCGAAUUUACAGCCAGAGGGCACCGCCUUGGUUCAGCCCGCAGGACGUGAAAGCCAUGCGCUUCCUCGCGGAUGCCAAAGUUUUGCGCAUCAAUGAAGUUUCUCGUGGAGGCUCUCCAUCACUUCUGAUAUUUGAGGGCGAGACAAGCGGUUCAACGACCAGCCUAAAUGACACAAAACUGAGCAAUGUAUGUGGAGGGCAGUGUGGAGUAAUCAACAGCCCCGUGGACACCACAGAGGUCUUCGCCUUUCACCUGGACAGGGUGCUGGGGCUCAACAGGACACUACCGGCUGUAAGCCGAAAGUUCAGCUUUUUACACGAUGGCCAACCCUGUCCACUGGUGUCAUGGGAUGCAUCUCUCUACCCAGAAGGCCUUGCUGCAGGCUGGUCCACUGUGAGGUUAACAUGGGAGGAGUACCAGAAUUCCCUCAAACAGAGGUGUUGGCAUAAAAACACCAGUCCAAAGCCCGACUCCGGUUGCUCCACAGUUCAUCACUAUGAAUGGAGUAAACUUGCCCUGUUUGACUUCUUGUUACAGAUUCACAACCGUCUAGAUCACAGUUGUUGUGGAUUCAGGCCCAGGCAGGAAGAUGUGUGUGUCGAACUUGGCCACCAUGCCGAAUGCCAGGACCAGAGCCACAUACAACUGACAAACAUCAUCCACAGGGGUCACGAUCCCAGACACUUGGUCUUCACCAACAACAAAGGGUUCUUUGACCGCAAUGAAGACAACCUGGACUUCAGGCUCCUGGAAGGAAUCAAAGAGCUUCCAGAGCAGGCUGUGUCGGUGCUGAAGAGCAUGAGGCUGAGGGAGAAACUCCUCCAGUCUCUGUUCCUGGAUCAGACAUACUGGGAAAGCCAGGGCGGCCGACAGGGCAUCGACAAGCUGAUCGAUGUAAUUGAGAGGCGGGCUAAGGUCCUCCUCACCUACAUCAAUGCUCAUGGGAUCAAAGUCAUCACAAUGAAUGUGUAACAAGAGUGUCAUGGGGUCAGACUGUGAGACGCAGAUAAAGUUAAUUAAUGGCUUGAUCCCUGGGACUUCACAGUAUCCUUUCAGAAUAUCCUUUUACAAGACACUGGACUUUUGACCACUUUUCUGAGUGGGCCUGGAUAAAAACAUCAAUAACGUCUAUUGUUACACGUAUUGUAAUAUUCUUUAAUAUCAAUGUAUAUCUUUUUAAGUACAUGGUGUUAACUAAAACUAUCCUCAGUCCUGAGGAUGAUGAAGUACUUUUUAUAAAUUCAAUUCAAUUUCAGUUCAGUUUAUUUAUACUGCGCCAAUUCAGAACAAAAGUUAUCUCGUGACACUUUCCAAUUAGAGCAGG